AUGGGUGCUGCAAUCAGUUGGGCUCUUGAUGUGUGUUACCACCUGAUCUCUGUGACGAAAGAUUCUCGCACAACAAAUUCUAACCAGCAGAUUCAGCGUUGGAAGCGACCUCCGUGUAAUACACUCAAGGUGAACGUCGAUGGGGCAUUUGCUGCAGAUAAUAAUUCAGGGGCAAUUGGAGCUGUGGCAAGGGAUGAUGCCGGGAUGUUUUUGAUGGCCGUAUCAAGGCGUCUUCCUGUUGUGGCGUCGGCUUUGGCAGCAGAAGCAGAAGCACUACGUGCAGGAAUCGCCCAAGUGAGCUCCGAGAAUGUCGAUCACCACCCGCACCCUGAAGAUAUGAAGCUCCUUAUCGACGCCAAAGCAAUGCGUGUGGUGUUCGCGGAGGCAGAUAAGGACGUCGUGGACUUCCUCUUCUCCCUUCUAUCGCUGCCGGUCGCCACGAUCGUCAAGAUGCUCGGCAAGAGCUCCAUGCCCGGAACCUUCGGCAACCUCUACGGCAGCGUGGAGAAGCUCGAUUGCACCUACGUCGUGCCCGGUGUGGACAAGAAAGCAGUCCUCUGGCCCACGAUGGUGCCAUCAGCCGCGAACACCACCAGAAGCUCCCUGCUCCUGCCGGUGCCGUCAUCUGGGCAACCAAGGAGCUUCUUCCAGUGCCGCACCAGCAACGGUAGCGGCUGCUGUGAGUACGUGACGGACACGAAGGGUACGAGGUGUCCGUCGUGCCGCAACGAUAUGCGCGUGCCGCUCAAGUUUGUUCCUCCAGAGGGUGACGGUUCCGGGAACGUUGUGCCGACGGCCUCCUCCACGGGAGCUGCCAAAGGAUUCGUGAAGGAGGUGGUGACGUACACGGUGAGGGACGACCUUACUGUGACGCCCAUGUCCACAAUCUCCAGCAUCACCCUUCUCAACACCGGCGGGGUUACCGACUUCUCCGCGCUCCUGGAGAAGACCGUGCGUCUUGGCUACGCCCAUGCCGGCCCUGACUUUUUGGGUCUGGAGAUUGUCAAGGCGUCGCUGCAGUCCAAGACCGUCCUCACCGACGUCUACCUCGGCAACAAGCGUCCCCGCGGCUGUGCUUGA